GCGCGAGGCUGCCCUGGCGGGCGCCGGCGUGGCCCUGGGGCUGCGGCAGGGGCGCCGCGCGUGGCGGCAGCCCCCCGGCGUGUCCUCCCUUGGGGGCUGGCCGCCAGACGUGCGCUGCGUCCUCCAUGCAGGGCCCGCGGGCCGAGCAGGAGGCCGCAGGCCCGGAGCGCAGCGAUGCGCUCUGGCAGGACCCGCGUCCGCGUGCUGGCAGGAGCAGCGCUGCACAGCCGUCGCCGUUCGGCACGCUUCCCGGCUCGGGCGAGCUGAGGUCCUUCUUCAGAAGGCCGAUCGUCGACCUGCUGGUGGUCACCGCCGUGUUCGCAGGCACCGUGGUGUAUGCCGUGAGCACGAUUGUCGAGGAUCCUGCCACGUCGAAGGUGAUAGCUUAUUUGGAGUUUUCAGCGCAGCUGGUGUUCCUUUUUGAGUGGCUUCUGCGCUGGUACAGCCAAAAUUGUCGUCCGUCUUAUCUCCUCGACGCGUCAAUGAUCAUCGAUGGUCUUUCGUUCUUGCCAUUGCUCUCGAUUGCCGCGGCGAACAGCACUGGCUUCCUGACCAGCGGUAUUGGUUUUCUGACCAGCGGUUUCGAGCCAGGAACGACUAAUCUGGCGCUCUCUUGCCUGCGCCUGGCGCGGAUCCUGCGACUCCAGCGCUUCCUGCGCAAUCGCCGGUCUGUGACGUCCAUCCUUGGAUUGCUGGGGCUGGUCAGUCCCGACGACCUCGCUACCCCGCUCCAGCUGCAGGGCCGCUUCGCGGUGUCCCUGUCGAUUGUCUUUGGCAUCUCGCUCAUCCCGCUCAGUCUUUCCAAGUUGGUGGAGGAGUUCUCGGCCGAGGCGCUGGCAAGCGAGGACAGCGAGGGCAAUGAGGAUGGCCCGCCUCCCAUGACGACGGGCAGGUGGAAUUGCCUGAGCUGCGGCGAGGUCUGGCACAGCGCAGAGGCGAACUUCUGUUUCCGGUGUGGAACGCCCUUGCGGCGGCGGAGGGCUGGCCUGUCCAUCGGCACUUCGCAGAGGGCUGGCUUGUCCAUCGGCUUGUCCAUGUGGCGGAGGGUCUUGCAGUUCUGCAGCGCGGAGAGGCGGAUGGCCGACUACCGAGGGAUCUCCCUCCCGUCCAGCGUGCUGGAGUGGUACACGAAUUGCCUCGUCAUCCUGCACGAAGGCACAUGUCAUGCACCGCAAUGGUCAUCUCUUGGCACGUUUGGCUUCCGCACUGGCUGCGCAUGCGCGCAGAUAACUGCACCUUUCCGUAACCUUCACGCCAAGAGUUGGGAGUGGCAAGAAAAGUUCCCCAUCUACACGUUCAUCGGGGACAUCCUGAUGGCAUUCGACUUCUUGCGGCCGGCGGCUGUCGGACGGUCCAUGGAGCGUCGCGGGAUGCACCCGCGGCUCAUCGCGGGAUUCUUGCGAGAGAGCCGUGGCUUGAAGAUGAUCCCGUCCUUCCACAACGCGCCCGCAGUCCCUGAGAUCGAUUUCAACAAGUGCGAGCGCAUGGGCGGCACCGACACCACGUAA